CUUUGUGAGAGAAAGUAGAAAGAGAUUCUGCUUGCAACAGAGAUGUACUAUUUUGGUUGCUCUCUCCAUUUUCAUUCCCACACUUCUUUGGCUUUUUUCUAGCCCCACCACCACUAUGCCUCCCCUUAGUACCACCUCCAUAGUUCACAUUUGCUUUUCUCGUUAAUGGGUUGCUUCAUGUGGGGUUUUAAGCAUUUUUAUAGCCUUUUUGUUAUCUUCACUCACUGGCAUCUUGAGUAGCUUAGUGAGUACGAAAAAGAAACGUUCUUUGAGUGAUUUCUGGGGUUUGAGAUUUUUCUAGAACUUGGUAUUUGCUGGUAGAGAUUUGGGGGUUCCAUUUUUUUUCAUUUUAGCUGAGUAACGGAACAGGCGGAUAGCAAAGGUAAUGGCUGGAGGAGGAGGAGCGGCGGCGCCACCGCCAAAACAGGAUGAACAACCACAACCACACCCGGUCAGAGAUCAGCUGCCUAAUGUAUCUUACUGCAUUACCAGUCCUCCUCCAUGGCCUGAGGCAAUAUUACUUGGAUUUCAGCACUAUAUUGUUAUGCUUGGGACAACUGUACUCAUCCCAACCACUCUGGUUCCUCAAAUGGGCGGAGGAAAGGAAGAGAAAGCAAAGAUGAUCCAGACCCUACUUUUUGUUUCUGGGUUGAACACACUCAUUCAGUCACUAUUCGGUACUCGGUUGCCUGCAGUUAUUAGUGGCUCAUAUACUUUUGUGCCUGCAACACUUUCAAUUGUCUUUGCUGGUCGAUACAGUGCAAUCAUGGAUCCUCAAGAGAAGUUUGAGAGGAUAAUGCGUGCAAUCCAAGGAUCACUGAUUGUGGCAUCGACUCUUCAAAUAAUCCUUGGUUUCAGUGGCCUUUGGCGAAAUGUUGCAAGGCUAAUUAGUCCACUUUCUGCUGUCCCUCUGGUAGCUCUAUCAGGGUUUGGGCUAUAUGAACAUGGUUUUCCUCUGGUUGCAAAAUGUGUGGAAAUUGGGCUGCCGCAACUAAUCUUUCUCAUAAUCUUUUCACAGUACAUACCCCACCUAAUGAAAGGGGAUAGACAUGUCUUUGACCGGUUUGCUGUUCUAUUCUCCGUGGCCAUCGUGUGGAUUUAUGCUCAUCUUCUCACAGUCGGAGGAGCAUAUAAGCAUGCCCCACCGAAGACUCAACUCAGCUGCAGAACAGAUCGUGCUGGAAUAAUCAGUGGUUCUGCAUGGAUAAGAGUUCCUUAUCCAUUUCAAUGGGGAUCUCCUAUUUUUGAUGCAGGAGAAGCAUUUGCAAUGAUGGCAACUUCAUUUGUUACGCUGGUUGAGUCCACUGGGGCUUUCAUUGCUGUCUCCAGAUAUGCUAGUGCUACCCCGCUUCCACCUUCUGUUCUCAGUCGAGGUGUUGGCUGGCAGGGAGUAGGCAUACUGUUAUCAGGAUUAUUUGGAACAGGGAUUGGGUCAUCAGUCUCUAUCGAAAAUGCUGGUUUGCUUGCAUUGACUCGUGUUGGAAGCAGAAGGGUUGUGCAAAUAUCUGCGGGUUUCAUGAUAUUCUUCUCGAUACUUGGGAAAUUUGGAGCUGUCUUUGCAUCUAUUCCAGCACCCAUCAUUGCAGCUUUGUAUUGCCUGUUCUUCGCCUAUGUGGGUUCAGCAGGCCUCGGCUUCCUCCAGUUCUGCAAUCUAAACAGCUUCAAGACUAAAUUCAUUAUUGGAUUCUCUGUUUUCAUGGGCUUAUCCAUACCACAGUACUUCAACGAACAUGCUGCAGUAAAUGGAUAUGGUCCUGUACACACAAGAGCACGAUGGUUCAAUGAUAUGCUAAAUGUGCCUUUCUCAUCGGAACCAUUUGUUGCUGGACUAUUGGCAUUGUUCCUUGACACCACACUGCAUAAGAAAGACAGCACCUCUAAAAAGGACAGAGGCAUGGUGUGGUGGUAUAAGUUCAGGUCAUUCAAAGGCGACACCAGAAACGAAGAGUUCUACUCCUUGCCCUUCAAUCUCAACAAGUUCUUCCCAUCAGUAUAACAACUUGUUAAUUUUCUGGAGAGUAACAGCAGUAUCUUUGGUAUAUUUUGGGAGUCAACUUUAUACAUUUGCGCAACAAUCAUAUUUUUGUUAAUCAGGUUUAACUCAUACCUCGCUAAUCUCAUUUAUAUUGUCCAUUUUGUUUGCUUAUGUUCUUUUUCUUCUCUUUCUAUCAUCCCCCUUAUAAUGUUAUUACCAUUGAAGAAUAACUCGAUAUGGCUACAUCCAGUAUGAUGCGAUCAAAUAUAAUGAACUACUCAAGGGAACGUAUUAUUCAUUCCACCAACUAUGCAGUUGUGUCAUGAAUUUAACACAAUUUUGCUUGUUAGGGAAAUUUCUUAAAACAGGGGUCUUGCGUUUCUUUUCUUUGAUUAAGAGUACUAUGUUUUCCUCUAAGUAGGAGUACCAUGUUUCUUUCCUUAAAUAGGAAAAAAUAUUAUUGUUCUAUAAUAUUAUUACUGUUGGCAUUAUUAUAACAAUGUUAAUAGUGUCAGACAUUAGUAUAACAAUAUUAGUGCCAUAUUAUUGCAUUAUGGUUCCACUAUUACAAAUUUACAAUGCUUCUAUUUUGUGUUCUCUUUGGGAAAGAGAAAGAUAAAGAAGGUAUAGAUGGACGAGAGUGAAACAAUUCAAUCAUUUCUCGGUGUAAUCCAUAUAUUAUAUGUUUUUUUAAUGUAAAGCCGUAUAUAUUUGAAUCCCCAAUCCACACGAGUACACGUGUAAAUGCCAAACGAAAUUGCCAGUUAAAGUAGUCCAAUACAUAUGUGAAUAUGUGAUGCUCAGCUUUUAUUUCAUUACCAACGAGCAUAACUAGGGAUGAAUUGGGAGGGGUCGGCCUGACCUGGACCCCGGUAUUGUUUAGGCCUGGCCUGGUACAGUAUAGGCUCGGCCCGGCUUGAGACACGAAUCGGUGGCUAUAAGAGGGGCUUUGGGCUUGAUUUUUGGGUCUGGCCUGGUUUGGACC